CGAAGAGUCGAAAGUUGCGGGUGCGUGACGUCAUAAGCACGCGCCGGUAAACUUUUGCUGGGUUGGCUUUCCCGAGCGAGCGGAAAGAGCAGCAACAAGAAAGUCAACAUUUUAGUCCCCCCGCUGCCAGCCGCCUCUGAAGCACUCAAACAUUUGUCGAAGCUGAGUGCUUGUCUCGCAGUAAUCGCACAGCGGCGUCCGCCAUGGCCGACCACAAGCGUCUCGCCUUCUCCAUCAUCCGCUUCCUCCACCAGCAGCUCGAGUCUGGUAAUCUGUCGUCGGGUGCCCAGGAGAGCCUGGAAGUGGCGGUCCAGUGUCUGGAGACGGCCUUUGAAGUGUCCGCGGACGACCAGAGCCUCGCGGUCCCGCUGACGUUGCCGGAGAUCUUCGCUUCUGCCGCCGCCGCCGCUGACGACGACAAGUCGCAGGUGAACAACAACGCCACGAAGACCGACGUCAGCGAGGAGCAGCGAGCCGAGGCCGAGAGACUCAAGACCGACGGUAACGAUCACAUGAAGGUGGAGAACUACGCCGCCGCCGUGGAGUUUUAUUCCAAAGCCAUCGGCGUCAACCCGCAGAACGCCGUCUACUACUGCAAUAGGGCGGCGGCGCUGAGCAAGCUGGGUAAUUACGCGGGAGCGGUGCAGGACUGCGAGCGGGCCAUCGGCAUCGACCCCACCUACAGCAAAGCUUACGGCAGGAUGGGGCUGGCGUUGGCGAGCCUCAACAAGCACGCGGAGGCGGUCACGUUCUACAAGAAAGCUCUGGAACUGGACCCGGACAACGACACCUACAAGGCCAACCUGAAGGUCGCCGAGGACAAGAUGGACGCCGGCAGCCCCACGGCGGGAAUGGGCGGCGUGGACCUGGCCGGACUGCUCAGUAAUCCCGGUUUCAUGAACAUGGCGUCGUCGCUGAUGACGAACCCUCAGGUCCAGCAAAUGAUGUCAGGAAUGAUGUCGGGGGCGUACGGCGGGAUGGCCGGCGGAGGAGGCGGAGUCCCGGGAGCCGCGCAGGGCGGAGAUUUAUCGGGACUCAUUCAAGCAGGUCAGCAGUUUGCUCAGCAGAUGCAACAACAAAAUCCCGAACUGAUCGAGCAGCUGAGGAGUCAAAUACGCAAUCGCACGCCGAGCGCCGGAAACGAAGAGCAGCCGUGACGGCCUUGUCUGGCAGGACGCGCUCGAGUGGGGGAGGCGACCGACCGACCGACCGAGCGAGCGAGCGAGCAGCUUUUCUUUGGACUUUGGGACGAUUGUUGUGGCUGCGAGGACUGAGAUGAACUUUUGAUUGGUCACCCAAGAAUCUCCGCAUGAUAGGAGCCAGUCGCCGCCCCCCCCCCCCCCCACCAGCCCCCGACAACUGUGUGCUUUUGAGUGUCCUCUCCCCAGAACGACCCCGCGGAUGCCUCCUGAGGCCAAUCAACGAUUGAGGCUCCGAUUCGUUGGAACAAUUGAAAAGAUUUUUUUUGUCUCUGCCUCUGGCUCGCUCGCUCGCUCGUCGGUUGGUCGGGUUGACAUGAAUUCCUCACAAGUCGUCGUCGGUGAAGACAAAAGUUGACUGUUUAACCUUUUGUCGAGCUGCGAGUUGAGCUCCACUUUACCGGCAGCUGGAUAGAAGAAAUCAACGCAAAUUGCAGUUCCAAAGUCAAAUUGUAUUGUUGUCAUUUCAAAUCAAUAAAAGCCAGAAAGUAG